AGUCAAGCAGAUCGAGCUCCGACUGGAGACUUAAAGCACAGACGCAAACUCGGGAGAACUUCACACUCUCUGUGGGUUUGAUACUUUCUCAUUGAUCGUGGGCUGAGAGUUCAUAAUCUCCCAGUCUUCAACUAAUUUGUGCUCCGAGUCCGACAGACAGCUUCGACACAUCGGGCAGCAGCAUCAGUUGUGAAAGUUGAAGCAGAGGCUCUCGGUUGACAUGCUGAAGGUGAAGCAGCAGGGAUGUCAUCCAGGCGUGGCUCAGGGAGGAUAAGGAUGUCUAUAUAAAUGAGUCGUUCGGUCUGAUCAGAUGAAAAGAGCGUCUCCUCUCUCCUCUCCGCUCUCUGAACACCCAAAGUUUCCUAGUCAUCAUGGCAGAGGUGGCAGGAUUUCUCGGGAGCAUCGAUCUGGAUUUGCAGGCUUUUCCAGCAUUGGGGAACGUGCCUCUGUCAGAUGGUUUGAAUGAAAGAUUAGGUCUGAUUGAGGGCAGACUGCAGCGCGGAUCGCUCACGGAUUUUGGCCACCUGAAGGGCAUCCUGCGCAGGAGACAGCUCUACUGCCGCACCGGCUUCCAGCUGGAGAUAUUUCCCAACGGGACGGUGCACGGGACUAGACAGGACCACAGCAGAUUCGGUAUUCUGGAGUUUAUCAGUCUGGCCGUCGGGUUGGUGAGCAUACGAGGUGUGGAUGCUGGUCUCUAUCUGGGGAUGAAUGAAAAAGGUGAACUCUAUGGGUCGAAGAAGCUGACGGCUGAGUGUGUCUUCCGUGAGCAGUUCGAAGAAAACUGGUACAACACGUAUGCGUCGACACUCUUCAAGCACGUAGACACUGGGAGGUACUAUUACGUGGCUCUGAACAAGGAUGGCUCGCCUCGAGAAGGCAGCAGGACUAAAAAGCAUCAGAAGUUGACUCACUUCCUGCCCAGACCUGUCGAAAUAGAAAAAAUACCCCAAGCUUACAGAGACUUGUUCCAGCAUAGGUGACCAGAGCAUCCAACGGAGUCACUGGGUUGGAGAGUUACAGUAGGAGUGCGGGAUGGGAAAGACGAAGAACAUAAAGAAAUACAAGACCCUACUUCUCUCGUCUCACAGCUGUUUAUAUUUGGGUUCUGGUCCAAAAUGAGGAGGCCCUCUCCAAUGGUGAUUGAGAUAAACAGUACGUGUGUGUCCUGGAUGGCUCCGUUUCCUCUACUUAAUGGGUUUUAAACUACAGAGAAGAGGGAACAUUCCUGCAUCCAAAGCUGGUGCCAAAAGAUGUCUUGUGGAAGAGGUGUUGACUUCAGGGCGUAAUGACAUGUGUCAUGCAAUCGCCCUUUCUUUAGACAGUCAUUGUGUGAGCCACUCUUUUGUAAAGUGGACCACAUUUUGGGCAUGUUGUCACUGGAAAACAAAGCUUGGGUUUAAACCUUUAUUUGUUGAGCAAAUUGUCACCAGUAGCUAGGAAGUAAAACUGUUUUUGGCCGUAACGAUAAAAGUCCAGUCUGGUGACCCUGGGGUUGGACUUAUGUUGAAAGGUCAUGAGGCAACACUUACCAAGAAGAUGGACAUGGGGAGUAUAACUCAGACCUUCCUGUAGGACAAAUGCAAAGAAGAGCUUUCAAAUGAAAUAUAUCUUUAAGGGCACUUAAAAGGAGAAAAAUGUUUGAAGAACAAUGACCCGUUUCUACUGAAACUAUCAAAUUAGCAAUUGUGAGAUGGUAAAAAAGUGAUAUUAAUAGACACACUCAUUUUGUCUUGGUGAAAGAUCUGAGAGGCAUACAGAUCAUAUUUUAAAGGAAAGGUCAAAACAUACAUAUUUGUUUGAAACAAGUAACCACUUUCAAAGAAAGCAGGGAAAUGUAUGGUGUUUGCUGAAGUGUGCGAUAGAGACUAUUGGUCAUCUGAUAAAGAGUGACUUAUAAUGUUCAGGUUGUCAGGAACAUUAUUAAAAUGUAAGUGAAAGACGUGUAAAUAUGGACAAACCUAUUUAUAAGAUGUACAAUAUAUUUAUUUUCUACAUAUAAUGUAUAAUUAUAAAUCUAUAUAUAAAUAUAUUUAUUUAUUUCAAAUGCUUUAUUUUGUAAUGAACUUGAAGUUAUUGGAAUGGUAGAUUCUACUGAAACUAUACAGAAGGGCUAGACCAUAUGACCUGAAUGACUGACAAUAAAAUUGUCCUGCUAUUGUUUAUUGUCAGCGACCAUAUUUGCAAGGAUUUUCUGUACUAAUUAAAUUCUGAGAAACACUGAGCUGGCUGAGUUUGACUGCAUACAAAAUCGUUGCAACAUAGUAGACCAUUACUGGUUAAAUGGUCAUCUUUGCUACCGA